AUGAACCAACAAAAAUGCGCAACAGAGGGAAUAUUGCGGAUGCCAAGACUUGGUACAGCAUUUCAUGGACUCAAUGCGCAAUAUGAAAAGACGGACUUUCGAAGUCCUUGCACUGGAACCACUAGUUGUACAAACAUGACUGCUUCAACGUCCCGGAGCCCUCAACAUCGUCCUGACUCAGAAAAACCGCUCAAGCUUGCGUGUGCUACUUGUAUUCAGGGUCAUCGCGCUUCCACAUGUAAGCACCAAGAUGGAUCCAAAGGCCCUCUGCUGGUAGUGAAGCGUCGUGGUCGGCCACUCUCACAGUGUCAAGAGUGCCGUGAACGCAGGCUUCGUACCGGAAGACAUACUCGUUGCGACUGCAAGAACAAAACAAAGCGUUGUUCCGAUGCUUCGACAGAACCACCUGCCAAGCGACAAGCUACACAUACCUCACCGAGCCGUGUCACUGAGACUCCUUCUUUUGGACGUGGUCCGCUAUCCUUUGAAUUUCUGCUUAAUCCUUGUAAUUGCGAAAAUGGAAAGGUUUGCAUAUGCUGCAAGUACCCAUUUGCAUGCCCGCAGACUACGUCCUCACGUUCAGAGUCAAUCCAAUUGCCGCCCAUUGCUCCGAAGGCAUCGAAUGGUGAACAUGAAAGACAUAAAUCUUUGCUUGAAGUGACACCAUCGCAUUGUUGCAUUCCGUUGUCGACCAAGACGCCAGUGGAUUAUGAUCGUUCCAUGAAGUUAUUGGCACGGGCAGCAGACAUGUCUCGCUCUUACAAACCCGAAUGUCAAUGCAUUGGUCUUUGUCGCUGCAUUGGCUGUGCAGCUCACCCUCUGAAUGUGAACAGUUCAGCAGAUCUCAAUGAAUCCAGCUGCAUGUCCUGUGUCUCUUGUGAUUUAUCAUUGGAGCGUCCAUCAGGGAUUGAUCAUGUUGAUCGAUGGGCUCGUAUUAGGCCAUCUCUAUGA